ACAUGCUGCUCCAGCAUUGAGCCUCCAAUCACCAUCUUUUGCCUUCUCCUCUUUCCACAUCACCGUCAUCUCUACUUUUCCAGUCAACCAUGGGAGUUGCGUACAGCGUUGGAGAGGUUGACCACCUCUUCACCUUCUUUGUACAAUGGUCACCAGAUAUGUGCACAAACAGCAACAAGAAGAACAGCAAACCCCACUUUCAGAAUUGGUGCCAUGUAGGAAAGAAGAACAAGGGGGCUUCAAGUAAACAGCUAAGCAAUCCCGUAGCAACAAAUUGGGGGAUUCUCACAGGAAAAGAACCAAAACGCCGUUUGAGUCUGUGCAGCUCCGACUCUGAAACAGAGGAACCUGAGUACCGGGGGAAAGUUAAGGCUAUUCUUCCUGUCCUAAGUGACUAUAGCGACCUCCUGGAUGACAGACACCUGAUAAGUCUGGCAUCUCACAUGCCAGAAAGGACACAAGGCUAUCGGUGGCAACUGGUCUACAGCACUGCUGUCCAUGGAAGCAGCCUCAAGACACUCUACAGAAAUAUGGCAGGUUUGGACAGUCCUGUGCUGCUGGUCGUCAAAGAUAUGCAGAAAAAGGUUUUUGGAGCCUUUUCGUCCGAUCCGUUUAGAGUAAGCAAAUACUGCUAUGGCACAGGAGAAACUUUUUUGUUUACCUUCAACCCUGAUUUCCAGGCUUAUAAGUGGACUGGAGAGAAUUCCUACUUUGUGAGCGGCAACCUGGAGUCUCUUCAUCUUGGAGGUGGAGGGGGAGAAUUUGGCCUAUGGAUAGAUGCUGAUCUAUACCGAGGUUCCAGUUUUUCAUGUCCCACAUUCCACAAUGCUCCACUCUCCACACAGAAGGACUUCAUCAUACAAGACCUCGAGGUCUGGACAGUACGGAACUGAACAAGAACAUCUGGGGGGAAAAAAGGGAAACAAAUUAGAAAAAUGUGUGGGUGCUUCCACCACCACAGCUCUAUGUAGCCAGCAGUAGCUAAAUGUCUGUGGGUGGCACCGAAUGAGCAGGGCUGUUAUACUGCCUCUCAGGCUGGUGUUUCCGGUCUGAGGUUAUUGCUACUAAAAGAAAAGGGGUUGCAUAAAAUCUUGUGAUUCUGGCCGCUGUUGCCUUAAACUACUGCCUGCCAUCAGAAGCCUACACUAAGCUUUAAGCCUUCCUUGUCCUGUUUUUUUGGAGAGCGUUGCAAGUCAUAGUUCCGAAACCUGUUGGGUAAGAAACUUCUUGAAAACAAAGCACCUUGAGGAUGAAAAGAAAUGAUGAAUACUGCACUGUAUGUUUAACAGGCAUAUUAGCGUGUAACUUGUUCAAACUGUGUUUACAAUAUGUGGACAUGAGCUUACUGUUUUAAAAAUGGAUUAACCCUUUCAAGGGAAAAUGAUACAUGGUACAACCACUGUAAUGAUGUGCCUCAAAGUGGUUUGUUUUACACACUGAGUGUCAUUCGAGUAUCAGUACCAAUCUGCAUUUAAGAACUACACUUGCUGGUGACGGCCUAUAAAGUCAGAUUAAAUAAUAAAAGUUCUCAAUUUCACAAAGACAGUAUAUUAUAUGUGCUGUGUGCCAUUUGAAUUGGAAAUGUAUCGCACUGUCGAUAAUUUCUGCAUUUGUUGUUUUUACUGUGACCUUUCUGUGGGUAAAAUGUUGACAAAACAUUUAAUUUCUUACUUACUGUCUUUUUGCAUUUGAACAAUUAAGGAAUAUUCCCUGGUGGUGCUGGUACUGCCAGUGUUUUUGUUUAGAAUUACUAUCAAAGCUCUGUCUUUACUGCUGACACUGAAUAAAAUAGCAUAUUUAUUUGGACCACAA